AUGAGAGAUUUUGGUUAAGCAGAACACCCGACCUAUAAAUUGUAAGGGAAUGAUAAAAUAAUAAUGCAAUGGAGGGAAUUCUUUUAAUCCAGAAUCAAUUAAUGGCAAUUUCAUUCACUUUUUAGAGUAUUCAAAAAAAUUGGAAAAGGCAACUUUGCAUCUGUUUACUUGGCUGAACGAAUAGAAGACGGUGUCUAAAUGGCAAUCAAGGCUUUUUCAAAAUAAGCUGCUUAUGCAGAGGAAAAUGGAAAAUAGGCUAUUGUAAAUGAAUUAACAAUCAUGAGAAAACUAAAUCAUCCUCAUCUAAUGAGAAUGUAUGAAAUCUACGAAACCAGCAAUUCAUUGUAUGUCGGAUUAGAAUUGCUGCAAGGAGGCUCACUCUAUGAUCUGAUUAAGGAAAAGGCAAUUCUUUCAACAAAAUAAAUAUAAUAGAUAUUGGUAGGAAUCUUAUAAGGAUUGUGUUAAAUGCAUCAGAAAGAAAUUAUGCAUAGAGAUUUAAAAUUAGAAAAUAUUUUAUUUAAAUAAUCAAAAAAAAUGGAUUCGGUGGUAAUAGCUGAUUUUGGUUUAGCUACACAUGUAAAUGAACAUGUUUAUUUAUAUUGCAGAUGUGGAACCCCAGGCUAUGUUGCCCCAGAAGUCAUCAACAUGAAAGAUAUGAAAGGUCACUAUAGUUCAGUUUGUGACAUCUAUAGUCUUGGCUUAGUAUUUUACUUAUUAUUAACUGGUAAACCACCGUUUCCUGGUAAAAGUUAUGCAACGGUUGUUAAACAAAACAGAGAAGCCAAUGUUGAUUUUUCAAUUAAGCAGUUAUAAAAUGCUCCUAUCUCUGCUAUUGAUCUAUUAAAAAAAAUGCUUGAGAAGGAUCCUUAAAAAAGGAUAACAUCCAAUCAAUGCUUGUUGCAUCCAUUUCUGUAAGAAAUGAACUAAAUAAUGCUUGAGGAUAAUCAAAAUGAUUUCAUUGAGGAAGGGGAAGAAAAUGAUUUAUGUUCGAGAAUGAAUGCGUUGAACGAAGAAUCCGUUAAAUUUGAUGCUUUGAGAAAGAAUUAACUAAUUAACUCUCCCUAGUCUUCCCCUGGAGUGCUAGCAACAAAGCAAUUGAAAUAAUAAAAAAAUAUUGAUUCCUAGAACUCGUUACAAAUGAACUCCCCAUUAUUUACUGGAAAAACGGACAGUGUUGAUUCUAUCCCUAAUAUUGGACUUCCAUAAGCUAAAUAACAAAACACUUUCUAAGCUUCCCCUUAGAUUAAACCUUCUCGCUUUAAAUAGUAAAUAAAAACCAUUUAUAUUUUUAGAAAUAUUCCCCAAUAAAUGUAAUAAUAAGAUAAUCCAUUAUUAAAAUAUACCAAUAAAAAAGAAUGA